GGUACAGAGGGACAAAAAAAGAGUUGAGAUGCUACAAAAUAAAGGGAGGAAGCCACUUCGUUAGGCUGGAUGGCUGAGGUCAGUAAACAGCAGAGACACAGGCACGCAAACUGGCAGGGCAAAAAUUAUGCUGCCCCAAAUGCAAAGAUGGAGCAGGGAGAAGAGGAGCCUGGGCACCCAUGCACGGUGGGCUUGUUUAGUCCACGUUAACUCAUCCUGUCUCGAGUAAGGACACUCCACCUCAAAACCCAUCUCAAAGUCUGUCUGUAAAAACAAGAAGCGUUAUUCAUAUGAAUGAGACCAUUUGCAUAAGUGCAGAUGCGGAAGCUGUUACCACCAAAAUGUUUAGGAAGCCGGUGAAAGGAAAUAGUCGAGCGGUAGCGUAAGAACCAGUUCAAGCACUCGGCUCUGGCUGCUCCCUGAGCCGCGUCCUCGCCACGAUGCAGCACGUCCAAGAAGAUCUGACCGCACCCGAAGAAGAUGAUGAUGCCUUUGGGGAAGGAAUAUCUUCCAGGCUCCCUGAAAUCAUGUCAAUAGGAUCACAUUCAUUCUCUCCAGGAGGUCCUAAUGGGAUUAUUAGAAGCCAGUCCUUUGCUGGCUUCAGCGGGCUUCAGGAGAGACGCUCCAGGUGUAACUCCUUUAUUGAAAAUUCCUCUGCACUCAAGAAGCCCCAAGCAAAGGUGAAGAAGAUGCAUAAUUUGGGCCAUAAGAACAGCACCACACCCAAAGAGCCCCAGCCUAAAAGGAUGGAAGAGGUCUAUCGAGCCCUGAAGAAUGGCGUGAACGAGUAUCUGGAAGUUCACCAGACAGAGCUGGAUAAGUUGACUACUCAGUUAAAAGACAUGAAAAGAAACUCACGCCUGGGAGUCCUGUACGAUUUAGAUAAGCAAAUCAAAGCGGUCGAAAGAUACAUGAGAAGGCUGGAGUUCCACAUUAGCAAGGUGGAUGAGCUUUAUGAAGCCUAUUGUAUCCAAAGACGUCUCUGUGAUGGUGCCAGCAAAAUGAAGCAAGCCUUUGCAAUGUCUCCUGCCAGCAAAGCAGCUCGAGAGAGUUUAACUGAAAUCAACAGGAGUUACAAGGAGUACACAGAGAACAUGUGUACCAUAGAAGCAGAGCUGGAAAACCUAUUGGGGGAGUUCUCCAUCAAGAUGAAAGGUCUGGCUGGCUUCGCUCGGCUCUGCCCGGGAGAUCAAUACGAGAUUUUCAUGCGUUAUGGUCGCCAGCGAUGGAAACUGAAAGGCAAAAUAGAAGUGAAUGGCAAGCAAAGCUGGGAUGGAGAAGAAAUGGUUUUCCUCCCUCUCAUUGUUGGACUGAUCUCCAUUAAGGUCACUGAAGUUAAAGGACUUGCGACACACAUCCUUGUGGGAAGUGUUACCUGUGAGACAAAAGACCUAUUUGCAGCUCGGCCUCAGGUGGUUGCAGUGGACAUUAACGACCUCGGCACAAUAAAGCUGAACCUUGAAAUCACCUGGUACCCCUUCGAUGUUGAAGACUUGACCCCAUCCACAGGAAACGUGAGCAAGGCAUCUGCUCUCCAGAGGAGAAUGUCCAUGUACAGCCAAGGCACUCCAGAAACGCCAACCUUCAAGGACCACUCAUUCUUUUCGAAUUUGCCAGAUGAUGUCUUUGAAAAUGGAACAGCAACCACCGAGAAGCGACCUCUUUCUUUCACUUUUGGCGACUUGCCUUAUGAAGACCGCAUGUCCCCUGCCAAUGCAGCAGAAUCCUCUUCUGCUCACGUCAGCUCCAGCCCUGACAUCACUGCGACCCCCACCCAACACCGAGCUCUCAAGUCCUCCAAGAGCUCAAGCCUGGACUGUAGCAGCAGUGACUCCCGCAGAGACUCUGUCGCUGAGACGAAGGACCUGCCAUCAUUCCAGGGAGAGGGAGCAGUGGCUGAGAACAAGGUCCCCCCAAGGGCAGCUCCUGAAGUUUGCCAAAAAACCUCCGACGCUGGGAGUGAUUGUGUCUUUAUAGAGACAAGCGUCCCGGUGUCUCUCCUGCAGGACACGGAUGAAGGUUCAGAGCUCAAGCCUGUGGAGCUGGAUACCUAUGAGGGCAACAUCACAAAGCAGCUGGUAAAAAGGCUUACGUCAGCAGACACACCCAUGACCCCAGAGAGGCUGCCGUGUGAGGGAUCGAUUAGUGGGGAGUCAGAAGGAUAUAAGUCUUAUCUUGAUGGAAGCAUUGAAGAAGCCUUGCAAGGGCUUCUCUUAGCUCUUGAGCCCCAUAAAGAGCAGUAUAAAGAGUUUCAGGACCUGGACCAAGAAGUAAUGCAUCUGGAUGACAUCCUAAAAUGCAAGCCAGCAGUAAGCCGAAGCAGGUCCUCCAGUUUAAGUCUAACAGUUGAAAGUGCUUUAGAAAGCUUUGAUUUCCUGAACACCUCUGACUUUGAUGAUGAGGAUGGUGGUGGUGUGGAGGUUUGUAAUGGUGGAGGAGGUGCAGACUCAGUAUUUUCAGAUACUGAGAUUGAGAAGAAUAGUUACAGGACGGAGCACCCAGAAGCCAGAGGCCACCUGAGCGAAGCUCUCACCGAGGACACGGGUGUGGGCACCAGUGUGGCCGGCAGCCCUCUGCCCCUGACCACGGGGAACGACAGCCUCGAUAUAACCAUAGUUAAGCACUUCCAGUAUUGCACGCAGCUCAUUCAGCAAAUUGUGUUCUCCAGUAAAACACCAUUCGUGGCAAGAGACCUUCUGGAUAAGCUAUCCAGGCAGAUUGUUGUGAUGGAGAAUAUUGCAGAGAUCAGCACUGAGAACUUGGGAAACAUCACCUCCCUUACUGAUGCAAUUCCAGAGUUCCACAAGAAGCUGUCGCUGCUGGCAUUCUGGACAAAGUGUACUGGCCCUUCAGGAGUGUAUCACACAUCUGCAGACAAGAUGAUGAAGCAGCUGGAUAUCAAUUUUGCCACCACUGUGAAUGAGGAGUGCCCAGGACUUGCAGAAACAGUCUUCAGGAUCCUGGUGUCUCAGAUCCUGGACCGGACGGAGCCCGUCCUCUACUCCAGCAUGUCCUCCGAGAUCAUCACCGUCUUUCAGUAUUACAACUAUUUUGCCAGCCACAGUGUUAAUGACCUUGGAAGCUAUUUGCUGCAGCUCGCAAAAGAAGCCUCUGUGGUUCAGGUGCUGCAGUCAGUGAAAGAUGGAAAACUGCAGCAAAAUGUGGCCAAAAUAAACGCCAAUAACCUCCCACCACAGCAAGAAGUUUUGAGAGCUUUGGCUUUACUUCUCAAUGAAAAUAAAAAUGAAGUCAGUGAGACUGUGGCAUCACUUCUGACAGCUACCGCAGAAAACAGGCACUUCAGGGAGAAGGCCUUGAUUUAUUACUGUGAAGCACUAACCCAGCCCAACCUCCAGCUGCAGAAAGCAGCUUGCUUGGCUCUAAGAUACCUCAAGGCUGCUGAGAGCAUUAAAAUGCUGGUCACACUCUGCCAGUCUGACAAUGAAGAAAUCAGAAAAGUGGCGUCUGAAACCCUGCUCUCAUUUGGUGAAGAUGGGAGACUGGCAUACGAACAGCUGGACAAUUUCCCCGGGAAUUUGUUAAAGUUGGAAGCCGCCGUGGAACUGAAGCUGCGACAGCUUUUUAGGUGGAAAAGAACCUGCCUACAUUUAACGGUCAUUAAAGUAGGAUGGAGCUGCACUUCAGGGAGGGGAGCAGAAGGAAGACUUCUGAAGAAUUCUAUGAGAAUGUCCCAAAAUGUAGCAAUUUACAGACUUCUUAAGGAAAAGCAAAAUCUAAAAUCCAGCUCAAGAGUUCCUAUCGGCGCCUCUUUGCAGCUCAUGAUGGAACAGUCGGAUGCUGAGGAACAAUACUUUGAUUUGUAACAAAUAAUGUAGUUGCAGUUAUUCAACCUCAACAAACUUCUGUGAGGUUUUAGAAUUUGGCAUCUUCAUAUGUUUUACCAAGUAUUGCAUUUACUUCCUUGAAGUUGUCGUGAAAGCUUGAGACAUGUGAUACUGUAUCUAACAAGGACAAGUAGGAGGCCACCUGAGCAGGACUGCAAAGAAGCUUUCUCUUCAACCCCCAGCUGAGCAUUUGCUGCCAUGCAAAGUCUCCAGCAGCAGGGAACACCACUCGGCUUUCCCAGUUUUGUCUCAGUAAUGAAAUAUAGAGCAAGUUUCUUCAAGAUUUUUUGCCUCCAGAAACAGCAUGAUGUAAAACCCUGGGAGGUGUCACUUCGGUGACUCAUUCUAAAUGCCUCCACUGGUCUUUUAUUUCCUUUCUCUUGCCCUCCAGCAACAAACCAUCAUUAAUCCAGAGAUUUGUGAGGGGGAAAUCAAACAAUCAUGUAGGUUUCCAAAAAGUAAAUGAAAAGGUAAUGUGCAUUUAUUUAUUUCGAGAAGAAGGAGUGAAUACAGCUAAUUGCAUGAGUCCCCAAAGCCAUUUGGUCCUCUAAGUUGCAGGCAGGAUUGGAUUUCUUGCACUCUAAUUAGUGGAUCAUAGCUUCUAUAGAGUGAUUUCAAUAUAAAGAACUAGAACAAACUAAAGUGGACCUGGGAGGCAGUAAUAGAGGGUGGAGUGAAUGCGUUCCCCCCUCACUGCAAGGAUGAAAGACAGUGAGUGCUCCAAGCUGUUGAUUACGAGCCUUAAGUUAACAGGGGAGGUGAAUAGAAUUUAACAGAAGAGUGUUCCUGUACUGUGUUCAUUAUGCAUGAAAUGCUUUUUAGAUGUCAAUUAAAGUAUCCAAAUUUGCAUUGACUACAUAGAAAAGAUUGCAAACAAUUCACAUCAAAAGGAAGCCUCCUGCGCCAAAGACAUGGACAGGCAGGGGUCAUGUUGUUUUGGGGUUGUUACUGUGAAUGUUACAACAAUGUACAUAUCUGUAUAUUUAUAAAUAUAUAUAUUCUUCCUUUCAUUAAAAAAGUACAUUUUGUACAGUUCAAAAUGCUCACUUGUUUACUGAGGGAUAUAGACUCUUUUUGCAGAAGGUGAAGCCACCACAUUAUGGUUUUUAUACCAUGCCUAUUCCAUCAGCUGAAUUCUUCCAAGGUGUCCUUUUGUACUGACUUCUGCUUCUUUUUUUUAUUAUUUUUUUUGGUUGCUUUUAGUUUUGUGGCAUUUGUACUUACCAUAUUUCCUAUCACAUUUAAGUUAUAAUAAAGAUUAUUU